AUGCUCCCCGCCUACUACCCCUCCGUUGCCGCAUUAAGUGAGCUGAAAAAGACCCUGAUCAAGGAUCUCACCCCUGAGACCCAUCAUCGCGGUUCAUAUCUCUUACUGAGAGACUUCACGCCGACGAUAAUCAAGAAUGCAAUCCAUGCCGUGGUGGCAGAUGAGAGCGGGGACAUUACGAUAUUGCAGCUUUCCAGCCAAGAAAGCAGUAUUGCUACUGAUGGCCGACUUGCUGAAGGAAAAGUGAUACUCAUAAAGGAACCUUACUUGACGACCAUGGCUGACGGAGAUUGUGGUUGGCGGGUUGACCAUCUCUCCGAUAUCUGGUUCAUCCCGGAUCAUGACCCUUUGGUGCCGUUCGUAUGGAGAAGUCAGCCAGAUACUCAUGCCUCUGCCGCUUCAUGGAAAACAAAAGGAAAUGGUCACUUCAACAAGGCCGCGUAUUAUCUCGCUAUUGACUGUUACUCCAAGGCUCUGGAAUUCUCCCCAACCCUCCAAGAAGACAUCACUAUCAGACUGAAUCGUGCUCUGGCUUGUCUCAAAACUCGCCAAUUCGACGCAGCCCUUCGUGAUGUCGAGCUGGUCUUGUCAAAAUUCCGGAAGUCUUGUGGAGUUCACAAAAUGCUCAGCAAGGCAUAUCCAAAUAACAGCGCCGCUAAAGGCGAGUUUAGUAUGGUCAAGGCCCGACUCAUGGAGGCGCAGAGCGGCCAGUAUCCAUCCAAACAGUUGCAGCAAGAAGCAACAGAACGUCGUCCUCCCCUUCUUGAUCGUGCGACAUACAUCGGCCCUGUCUCGGUAAGAUCUACAGAGUCCCAUGGACGCAGUUUAUUUACUACAGAGGCGGUCCAGACGGGUGACCUUCUGUUGUGUGAAAAAGCCUUUGCGUAUGCCUCUAAUGACACGACUGCUGAUUCAAGCACGGCUUCGCACCUGAUGAACCCCCAGACAAACACUAUGAUGAAGGGCACCAAGGUAGAACUGAUCAGCCUCAUCGCGCAAAAACUAUACAGGAAUCCGUCGUUGAUGCCAACCUUGACUGAUCUGCGCCAUGGCUCCUAUACCCCGGCGGACAUCACCGCUGUCGACGAUAAACCCGUCGUGGAUACUUUCCUCAUCGAGCAAAUAGUCUCAGUAAAUUGUUUCAGCUGCCCGGUCUCCUCGCGCGCACUCCACAUACGAACCAUAAAAGAAGCCAAGGCGCAACAACACGAAACAACCAACAACCAACAUAAUUCCUGCGGCAUCUGGCCUCUAGCAUCCUACACCAACCACUCCUGCUAUGCCAACUGCUACCGAUCCUUCGUCGGAGAUAUGAUAAUAGUUCGCGCCACCCAGGAUCUCCCUGCAAACACGGAACUCACAUUCCAAUACAUCCACCCCAACAUCAACCCCGAAUUCCCUGAUUUCCAACACUGGGGGUUCCAAUGCAGCUGUGUUAUCUGUCAGGAUCUUCGAGAUACAGGGGACCAAGAUCUGGCUAAGCGAAGACAACUCAUGACCGACUUGGAAACGGCCUUUUCGCUUUGCUACCGCCCCCAAAACCGACGUACCGAGAUCCCUAAUAUCGAAGGCAUCAUUUCAAAGAUUGAGAAAACCUACCGGCGACCGUCAACCGAAGUGCCUCGUCUCGGCAUCUGGGGGGCGUAUAUGUCCUUGGCAAUGGUACAGACCAGUCGGCCGCAGGAAGCCAUUCGACUGGUGUUCCGAACGCUGGAGUCGCUCGGUUACGUGGUUGAAGGCGGGAAACUUCCGCAUGCGCCUGGCACAAGAUUACUUGUCAAGAAAUGGGGCUUCAUGAUUGAUGGUCUUGUUGGUUGUUGGAUGAUUCUUUGCCGCGCGUAUUGCAAGGAGAAAUGUCCCGAUUUGGCUGGCCAAGCGGAAAGGUAUGCGAGAAUCACCUAUAGGAUGUGUGUUGGUGAGGAGGAGACGUUUGGGGAUACCUACAGUCGGGACUCGGACCAGGUUGAUGGGAUGGUUGUCGUGAAUUAG